AUGUUCAGUGAUGGUAAAAGUGAUCACGUGUAUAGGGAGUGCGGACAGGCGUACCAGUGCUAUGGUAUGCCAUCUAAAUGUACACAACGCGCAAACUGUACCGUAUUAUUGCGAGUACGGCCGCCAUCGGGCACCGGGUGGUCGGCAUCGGUGGCCAGUUUUGAACUCAAUUGGUACCGGAAUGCAGACACGAGUACCGGUCAGUACGUGGCCGUCGGUCUGUCCACCGAUGACAUGAUGGGCGACGACUCGGUCACCGAAUGCAUACUCGGCUCCGACGGCAUCGCUAUUGAACGCCAGGGCCUGACAUUUGGACAUAAAAGCGAAAAAAAGUUUGGCGUCCGUACCGUACAUAUGGACGGCAUAUCCGACGUGAAAACCCGCCACUCAAACGGUGUGCUCACCUGUAGCUGGACUCGAGCCCUACAGACCCGAGUUAAUAAUAUGACGUUUGAUUUGGUUAACAACCAGUAUUAUGUUAUGCUGGCUACCGGGCCCAUGGAUAAUGAUGGUGAGCUUAAGCAUCACAAACACGACUGGGUGUCUAACCGGGCGUACAAUUUGAGUUCAACGGAUAGGUCUCGACGUUCAUCGCGUAUGACGUCCGGCGGCCAAACGUCGGGUGCGACUAAUAUCGGCGGUUCAAUCGGUCGGACGUAUAACACAAUUGUUAUGGCAUUAACUUCUGUGGGAGACUUAUAUAAGCAACUAGUUAAGUUACCUUAUGUUAACACUAUCUCUAAACUGUUUAGAUAA